GGAGCAGGGAUAGGGGGGCUUUGCUGGUGCUGAGAGCAAAUAAUCGCUGGAGGAGCUGAAAAGCGCAAGUGUCACGAGUGUGACUUAUAUUAUAUUAUAUAUAUGUGUGUGUGUGUGUGAGAGAUACAAUGUGAGAGCAGACACAUCCUCCUCUUCUACAAUCAGCAGCGGCAGAGUCGCAUCAUCAUGAGACGCAGGAAGAUCGCAGUGGCGGCGGCUUUAUGUCUCUCCUUCUUUAUUGCGACUUUACUCAACUUGCUCUGCGCCCCCGGCUUCGAUCAUCAUCAUCAGCAGCAGCAGCAACAGGAGCAUCGGCGACCCCGGGAUUUGCUUCUGCAGCAACUGAGAGAGAGAUACGAGGAGGUGCAGCGCUACAGACACCACCAGGCGACCCCUCCGACCCCAGCCUCGGCGAGGCUUCUCCGACCCCUGGAGAGACGACUCAUGGACCUGACACAACCCCGGGACAAAUGGGAAUAUAACAAGGUGGAAGGGGACACUUUAUCCCCAGCGCAGCCCGAAAUAGACGCGACCCCCCGGCUCAGCUGCCGACACAUCAGCACCGACCUGCGAUACUUGGGCUCCGGUUACACCAAAUCCGUCUAUAAAUCGCUCCUCAAUGGCAGCGUCUCGGUGGCGCUCAAAUCGGUCGAUUUUGGGGGGCACGACAUCCAGAAUUGUGUCCGACUGUAUCAGAGGUUAGAGGAUUGUUACAGACUGGCUUCAUUCAAGAUCCUCAAGGAGAUGAUCCUCCUGCAACGACUCCAGCACCCAAAUAUCCUGCAGUUGUAUGGUUAUUGUUACCAAGACAGCAAUGAUAUUUCAGACACACUGACCACCAUCACUGAACUGGGUUCCCCACUGGAGAUGAUUCAGCUGUUACAGUCCCCUUGGGAGGACAGAUUUCGAAUAUGCCUGAGUUUAAUCCGACUUUUGCAUUAUCUGGCGCAUUCUCCCCUCGGCUCCAUAACGCUGCUGGAUUUUCGGCCGCGCCAGUUUGUGGUCGUUGAUGGUGAACUGAAAGUUACCGAUCUGGACGACGCGAGCAUGGAAGAGACCCCUUGUUUCAGCCACAGUGACUGCUUUUUGGAGUUCCCGGCAAGAAAUUUUACACUUCAGUGCUCGGUGGAGGGUAAAUGUCAAAACAUGAACGAAAAGAGGAACCUCUACAAUGCCUACAGGUUUUUUUUCACGUAUCUUCUGCCACACAGCGCACCAUCUUCUCUGCGGCCACUUCUGGAUGCUAUAGUCAAUGCAACAGGUGAAUUGCGGUGGGGGGUCGACGAGGCUCUCGUCCAGCUUGAAAAAGUAUUUCACCUCUAUCGGAGUGGAUUGUACCUGCCAAACGUUACAGAUAUUCCUACAGGGGAAUACAAAGAAGUGGCCCAUGCUGUCGUUGCAGAAGAGGAUUAUAGAUGUUGGCCGUCCUAUCACCACAGUGGAUGUCUACUCUCAGUUUUUGAUUUAAAUGAAGCCAAAGAUGUGUGCAGGAGCCAUUCACAAUGUCAGACGUUUGUCUGGACGAAUCAGACAACUUGGACAGGUCGACAGCUUGUCUUCUUCAAGACUGGUUCACGAACACUUGUUUCAGAUCCUGACAAGACAACGUACCUGAAAGUGACGGGCUGAAGCAUACCAAGGCGCGGUGUUGCUUUAUUUGGUGG